CAUGCUGCCCGUGUGGUUCGCGGACGCCGGCCCCGCCGCCCGGGCCGCCUACCUGGCGGAGCAGAGCGAGGACUGCCUGUUCCUCAACCUCUACGUGCCCGCGGGGGCGCCCGGAGCCAACGCUCGGAAAAUCGCAGACGAUAUCGCGAGUCCUGACCGCGGGGACGACGAAGAGGUGCGCGACCCCGGCGGCCGGAAGCCCGUCAUGGUUUACAUCCACGGCGGGUCCUACAUGGAGGGCGCCGGGAACAUGGUGGACGGCAGCGUGCUGGCCAGCUACGGCGACGUCAUCGUGGUCACCGUCAACUACCGCCUGGGCGUGCUCGGCUUCCUGAGCACGGGCGACCAGGCCGCCAAGGGCAACUACGGCCUCCUGGACCAGAUCCAGGCGCUGCGCUGGGUGGAGGAGAACGUGGGCGCCUUCGGCGGGGACCCCAAGCGCGUGACCGUGUUCGGCUCGGGCGCCGGGGCCUCCUGCGUCAGCCUGCUCACGCUGUCCCACUACUCGGAAGGCCUGUUCCAGAAGGCCAUCAUCCAGAGCGGCACCGCCCUCUCCAGCUGGGCCGUCAACUACCAGCCCGCCAAGUACGCGCGGGCGCUGGCGGAGCAGCUGGGCUGCGCCGGGAACGCCGGGAACACGCACACGCGAUCGUCAUACGUGUCGUCCUACGUGUCCUCGGACCCCGCGUCGUCGUCGUGGGACUCGGCCGAGGCCGUGUCCUGCCUGCGCCGGGCCGGCUGGCGGGAGCUGUCGCGGCCCCGCGUGACGCCCGCCCCGUACCACGUGGCCUUCGGUCCCGUGAUCGACGGCGACGUCGUCCCCGACGACCCGCAGAUCCUCAUGGAGCAGGGCGAGUUCCUCAACUACGACAUCAUGCUGGGCGUCAACCAGGGCGAGGGGCUGCGCUUCGCCGACGGCGUGGGCGCCGCCCCGGACACGUAUGACGCAUACGGUACAUACGACCCCGAAAACCCCGAAAACACGGAAAAAAACCACGAAAACACGGAUUAUACGGACGAGAACACGGAUGAAAACAACGAUUUCCGGGGCCGUCAUGGCCGCCGCGGGGACCCGGACGAUGCGGAAGACGGUGACCGGGGCCGCCGCGUGGACCCCGACGACACGGAAAACCGAUACCGGGAGAACCGUGGCCGCCGCGUGGACCUGGAUAACACGGAUGAUGACACGGAAAACGAUUACAGGGAUAAUCAUGGCCGCCGCGGGGACCCGGACACGGAAAACCCUUCCCGGGGUCAUCAUGGCCGCCGUGGGGACCCUGACGACACGGAAAACCGAUACCGGGAUAAUCAUGGCCGCCGCGUGGACCCCGAUAACACGGAUGACGACACGGAAAACGAUUAUCGCGACAAUCAUGGCCGCCGCGUGGACCCUGAUAACGAUUUUCGUGAUUCCCGGGACCGCCGCGGCCGCCGCGUGGACCCCGACACGGACACGGAAAACGAUUCCUGGGACCAUCAUGGCCGCCGCGCCGACCCCACGGACCCAGAACGCACAUACGACGACACGUAUGACGACGACGACGACGGCGUGUCCCCCGCGGCCUUCGACGCCGCCAUCGCGGCCUUCGUGGACCGUCUCUACGGCGACCCCGGCGGCGACUCCGGACCCCGCACGGCGCUGCGCGAGACGGUGAAGUUCAUGUACACGGACUGGGCGGCGUCACGCGUGUCCUCGCCGGGGUGGCGUCGGCGCACCCUGGUGGCGCUCUUCACCGACCACCAGUGGGUGGCGCCCGCCGUGGCCACGGCCGACCUGCACGCCCGCUACGGCUCGCCGACCUACUUCUACGCCUUCGCGCACCGCUGCGACCCCGCGGGUGACCCCGGUGACCCCGGAAGUGAUCCCGCCGGAAGUGACCCAGGAAGUGACCCCGGUGACCCCGGAAGUGAUCCCGCAGGAAGUGACCCCGGUGACCCCGGAAGUGAUUCCCGGCGCCCCGGAAGUGAUUCCCGUGACCCCGGAAGUGACCCCAGGGGCGGGCGGCGCCCGGCCUGGGCCGACGCGGCCGCCCACGGCGACGAGCUGCCCUACGUCUUCGGGGUCCCCCUGCUGGGCCCCCCCUCCUCCUCCUCCUCCUCCUCCUCCGCCGACCUCUUCGCCGCCUGCAACUUCUCGCGGGGCGACGUCAUGCUCAGCGCCGGGGUCAUGACCUACUGGACCAACUUCGCCAAGACGGGGGACCCCAACCGCCCGGUGCCCCAGGACACCAAGUUCAUCCACACCCGCCCCAACCGCUUCGAGGAGGUGGCCUGGACCAAGUACGACCCCCGGGGCCAGCUCUACCUGCACAUCGGCCCGCCCCGCGUGCGCGACCACUACCGCGCCACCAAGGUGGCCUUCUGGCUCGAGCUGGUGCCGCACCUGCACGGCCUGCACGACCUCUUCCAGUACGUCUCCACCACCACACGCACGCGCCCCCUGCAGCGGCCUCCGCCACCCCCGACGCCGCCGCCGGCGCCACCCACCACCCCCCGGGACCCCCCGGCACGCGCCGCGGCCUGGCGGGGCGGCGCCGCCUCCAAGCUCUUCCACGCCACCCGGCGCCCAAUUUCCCCGGGCCACGCCCAGGGAGGCGGCCACGGGCCACGGCGGCCCCGGGCGCGGGUUCCACGGCGGCCCCGGCGGCCCGGCGAGGACGCCACGGUGCUGAUCGAGACCAAGCGCGACUACUCGACGGAGCUGAGCGUGACGAUCGCGGUGGGCGCCUCGCUGCUCUUCCUCAACAUCCUGGCCUUCGCCGCGCUCUACUACAAGAAGGACAAGCGGCGGCACGAGACGCACGGCGGCAGCAGCAGCACCGGGACCGGGAUCACCGGGUCACCACGGGUCGCCAACCUCGCCGCGAAGCCCCCGGCGGCGGUGGUGACCUCCCCGGUG